CAAACAGCAGUUCGUUUCCAUUUUGCCCUCGUCUGGUCGUCGCAUCAUCCCCCGCCUCCCGAGUCAUUGAACCAAACUUAGCCAUAGAGGAUGGCAAAAUUGGAGGAGAUAGAGACAGAGGAGCACCAGAAGGCAAUAAUAAUAAGCAAGAGGAAGAGGACGAAGAAGAAGUACAGCAUCAUCAUCCCAACAUACAAUGAGCGUCUCAACAUUGCCCUUGUCAUCUACCUUGUCUUCAAACAUCUCCAGGAUAUUGAUUUUGAAGUCGUUAUAGUGGAUGAUGGAAGUCCUGAUGGCACUCAAGAUAUCAUAAAACAACUACAGAAUGUGUAUGGGGAUGAUCUCAUUCUGUUACGAGCAAGGCCAAAGAAGCUAGGUCUAGGAACUGCUUAUUAUCAUGGCCUUAAGCAUGCAUCUGGAGAUUUCAUAAUAAUCAUGGAUGCUGAUCUGUCCCACCAUCCAAAAUAUUUGCCAAACUUCAUCAGGAAGCAGAUGGAAACUGGUGCAAGUAUAGUUACCGGAACCCGCUAUGUUCGAAAUGGUGGCGUACAUGGAUGGAACCUUGUGCGUAAACUGACAAGUAGGGGGGCAAAUGUACUUGCACAGACACUUCUAUGGCCAGGCGUUUCAGAUCUGACUGGAUCUUUUAGGCUUUACGAGAGGACAGCUUUUGAAGAUGUUGUAAGCUCAUGUGUCAGCAAAGGGUAUGUUUUUCAGAUGGAAAUGAUUGUUAGAGCCAGCAGGAAGGGUUAUCAUAUUGAAGCGGUUCCAAUAACUUUUGUUGACAGGGUUUAUGGAAGUUCAAAACUUGGUGGAUCUGAAAUAGUUGAAUACCUUAAAGGCCUUUUUUACCUGUUGUUCACAACUUAAUAGGAGGAACAGAUACUGGAGUUUCCCCCUUUGCUGGUAACAUUUUAGUUCAUUUCUAAUUUCCAUGUGGAAUAAAUCAAGUGAUUUUCAAAUUAUUAUUGUUGAAAGCUACUGGUCUUUCAAUUCGGUCAACUCACAAUCUAUGCUAAAUAGUUCUAUUCA